ACACGGCGGUGUUACGUAGCUGGGCGGCUCGGGGAGGGGUGUGGACUGAAGGCGAAGGAAAGGGGGACUACAUCGAAGGAAGACUAGUAGGCGGAAGAUGGACGAAAUAGAUCCCGUUCUCUCUCGGAUUGUAUAGAAGACAGGCUGCCAUCGGAACCAAAUGCUAGGCGGCUGCUCUGGUCUAGGCCCGGGAAACAUGGAGAUUAAUGAUCAGAAUGGAAAGUUGUCUGCUGAAGUAGAACCUUUUAUUCCACAGAAGAAGGGGACAGAAACACUUGCAAUCCCAAUGGCUCUUCCAAAUGAUACUGGUGGAUUAGAAGCCACUCCCAUUCCAAGCUACCUUAUAACGUGUUAUCCUUUUGUACAGGAAAACCAGUCCAAUAGACAAUUUCCACUUUAUAACAAUAAUGUAAGGUGGCAACCGUCAACUUCAAACCCUGCUGGCCCCUACCUUGCUUAUCCCAUAAUAUCAACUCAACCUCCGAUGUCCUCGGAGUACAUGUACUAUCAGUUAAUGCCAGCACCCUGUGCCCAAGUCAUGGGUUUCUACCACCCUUUUCCAACCACUUAUACUACAACCCUUCAAGCAGCAAAUUCUGUGUCAGUGGACUGUGGUGAAAGAUCAAGCCAGCAAGCCCAGAUCAAUAUGUUAUCCAGUCAAAGAAACCGUAACCCCAUCAGAGGACAACUUCUUCACAAACAGCCACAUCCAGCGAUGCAACAAAUUAAAUGCAAAAGACCUCCAAUGAAAAGUGUGGCUAUACAAAAGGAAUCCUGCUCAUCAGGACCUGAUCAACGUUCCAAAAUUGUGCUACUGGUUGAUGCUUGUCAACAAACAGAUUUUCCUACUGAAAUAGCUAACAAAUCACUCUCCGAGAGCACAGGUGCAACACCUUGGAAAUCCAAACCAAGACGAAGACGGUCCUCACACCCUGCUGCAGAAUCUUCAAGUGAGCAGGGAGCUAGCGAAGCUGAUAUUGACAGCGACAGUGGAUACUGCAGUCCAAAACAUUGUCAAGCUGCGGCUGUGUGCUCAAGGCACACAGAUUGUAGUACAGUCAAUAUAGCUGAUCCUUCAGCAUGUGCAGGAGGAAGUUGGGCCAGUGUAGCUUCCCAAGCUACCAUGAAGCGUCCAUGGAAUGACAAAGGUCAUGUAUUUCCUACUGGAGGAAAACAGACUGAGUUAAGGAAUAAUGCUCAGUCUGGAUAUCGUUUAAGAGGGCAUAGUACAUCAUCAGAAAGAAGACAGAAUGUACAGAGGAAACUUGAGAAUAAGCCUGGAACACCAUCCCAGUUAAACCGAUCAGAACAGAGUUCUGAGCAACUGUAUUUUGAGGACGAGGAUGAAUUUCCUGAACUUAACGGCAGCAAUGGAACUGGUAUAUGUGACAGUACAUCAGCAAAGAUUUCAGCUAAAGUGUUGGACGAUUUACCUGAAAACUCCCCUAUAAAUAUUGUCCAGACUCCAAUACCUAUAACUACAUCUGUACCAAAGCGAGCUAAAAGUCAGAAAAAGAAAGCUCUUGCAGCAGCAUUGGCCACUGCACAGGAGUACUCAGAAAUCAGCAUGGAACAGAAAAAACUUCAGGAAGCCUUAUCCAAGGCAUCUGGAAAAAAGAGUAAAACUCCUGUCCAGCUAGAUUUGGGAGACAUGCUAGCUGCUUUAGAGCGACAACAGGCAGCAUUGAAAGCACGUCAGAUCACAAACACUAGACCUUUAUCUUACACUGUUGGCGGUGCUGCUCCAUUCCAUUCUAAAGAACAUACAAACCGGAAUCUGUUCACAAAAGCUCAGGCAUUAUUGUGUUCUCCUCCCAAUCCUUUGGACUCUACAGCUCCUAGAGUUAAAAGAGGAAAAGAAAAAGAAAUUCCAAAACUAAAAAGACCAACUGCACUUAAAAAGAUUAUCCUGAAAGAAAGAGAAGAAAAGAAAGGGCGCUUGUCUGUUGAUCAGAAUGUUUUGGGUUUAGAGGAACAAAAAGAUGAUCCGUUAAGUUUAGCUGAUGACCAGUUUGAGGAGUUGGCAUCCCAGGAAGAUGCAGUUCUGAGUGCACAAAGUGACACGUCAUUGUCCCCAGCAAGUCAAAACUCUCCCUAUUGUAUGACACCGGUAUCUCAGGGCUCACCUGCCAGCUCUGGCAUAGGUAGCCCAAUGGCAUCUUCAGCCAUCACCAAAAUUCAUAGCAAGAGGUUUAGAGAAUAUUGCAAUCAAGUUCUAAGUAAAGAAAUAGAUGAAUGUGUAACUUUAUUACUGCAAGAACUUGUUAGCUUCCAAGAGCGAGUUUACUUAAAGGACCCAAUGAAAGCAAAGUCAAAAAGAAGACUUGUAAUGGGCUUACGAGAAGUUACCAAACACAUGAAGUUAAAAAAAAUAAAGUGUGUUAUUAUUUCCCCAAACUGUGAGAAAAUCCAGUCAAAAGGUGGACUAGAUGAAGCACUCUAUAAUGUGAUAGCUAUGGCCAGGGAACAAGAGAUUCCCUUUGUUUUUGCCCUUGGAAGAAAAGCACUUGGUCGCUGUGUAAACAAGUUGGUACCUGUCAGUGUAGUAGGCAUUUUCAGUUUCUCUGGUGCAGAGAAUUUAUUUAAUAAAUUGGUGUCGUUGACUGAGGAGGCUAGAAAAGCAUACAAGGACAUGGUUGCAUCAAUGGAGCAAGAGCAAGCAGAAGAAGCUUUAAAAAAUGUUAAAAAGGUUCCUCAUCAUAUGGGUCACUCUCGGAACCCCUCUGCAGCUAGUGCAAUUUCCUUCUGCAGUGUGAUAUCUGAACCUAUAUCAGAAGUGAAUGAGAAAGAUUAUGAAACUAAUUGGAGAAGUAUGGUUGAAACUUCUGAUGGGUUAGAAACUUCAGAGAAUGAGGAAUGUUCAAUCAGAACAACCACUUCAGAACAAACUACUAGUGCCUCAUCAGAAAAAGCCAUUGUUAAGCAACCAUCUGUUAAGACCACAAGUAGCACUACCUCAGUUGCAAGCCCUGGAAAGAUUGUACCAGUGGACAGAGAAGAGAUAAAACCAGAUGACAAUUUAGAAUGGGCCUCUCAGCAAAGUACAGAAACUGGAUCAUGGGACGGAAGUGGAAGGGAUGUCCUGAAUUCCUCCAUGACAAGUACAACUAGUACCUUGGUACCAGAAAUGCUAGAUGGAGAUGAUGAGGAGGAGGAGGAAGAAGAGGAUGACUAUCACCAUGAACCUAUUUCAGAUGAGGUUCAGUUGAAUAGCAGGAUAGAAUCUUGGGUUUCAGAGACCCAGCGAACUAUGGAAACACUUCAGCUUGUAAGUUCUCUUAACAGUGCAGAAGAGGAUAACCUUGUACAGAGUGAAGAGGAUGAGACUGAUUCCUGUGAACAGGUAGACCUGGUGGCUGAGUGUAAGCAACAAACAGCUGAAAAAAAUUCCAGAAAUGGAACACACCUGCAAAGUGGUAAAAGACCUUCAUCUUUAUCAAAAGAGUUCUAAUUCCAGCUUUAUGUAUGAGGGUUUUUUUUGUGUAGUAACCUAAAUAUAUUUUACAUUAGGAUAAUUUACAGCUACUCAUACAUACGUCAUCUCCAAUCUUUUGCACUGUAUAAAUGUUUAUUCUGUAAUUAAUUUCAAGCAAAUAGAUUUGUUUAUUUACUUAAAUGAAUAGUCUAGUCAAAUUGCAAUUUUAAGAAAUUUUCUAAUUUACUCCUAUUAUCAAAUUUUCUUCGUUCUCUUGGAAUCUUUAUUUGAAAAAGCAAGAAUGUAAUCAUAGGAGACAGCCUAUUUUUGGUUCAGCACCUGGGUAGCACUUUCUGAUUGAUGUCUAAAUGUAUCCACCAAUUAGCAAGCGCUACCCAGGUGCUAAACCAAAAAUGGUCCAGCUCCUAAGCUUACAUUCAAUUAAAGAUACCAAGAGAACAAAAAAAAUUGAUAAUAGGAGUAAAUUAGAAAGUUGCUUAAAAUUGCAUGCUCUAUCUGAAUCAUGAAAGUUUAAUUUUGACUAGACUAUUCCUUUAAGCACUAAGAGAUGGUUCACAAAACGUUUUGUGUUUUUUUGUUUUGUUUUUAUCUACCAGACUCUUACAGUUUUCUGAGGGGAAAAAUGAGAAUGAAAUUCAAAUUUCAUAACCACAAAGGCCUAAAAUUAAUUGUCAGUAAUUUGUAUAUGAAUGUUGUUGUGUGACUAAAAAUAUAAUUGUUUACAUGUU